AUGGGUGCUGAUGAAGCGAGGCCGGUCCCGCGGGAUGAGACCGCCGCGCCUACAGAAGUUGGCUCUAUGACCGAAGAGACUCAGAAGAAGCAGGCUGACGGGAUAGUUGAUAUCCCUAACGCAGAGCACAAGAAGGAUGAGCCCCAGCAGGGCUUCGGCGCUUAUGUGAAAUUAUGGGCUUGGUGCGAGCCAAUAGAUGUAGUUCUUCGCAUCUGUGGAUUCAUUGCUGCCGUUGCCUCCGGGACUACGCUCCCGCUCAUGACCAUCGUCUUCGGCAAGUUUGUGGACGUCUUCAACGACUUUGGCGUGGGAAAGAUUGAUGGCGCCGACUUUAGAGGCCGGAUAUCAAAGAACGCGCUAUGGUUUGUUUAUCUCUUCGUUGCAAAGUUCGCCCUCGUCUACAUCCAUACCAUAUGUUUCAACAUCACUGCCAUAAGGAGUGUCCGGAAGCUGCGUCUGCACUAUAUCAAGGCCAUCCUCCGUCAGGAGAUGGCGUACUUUGAUACCUAUACACCCGGCUCUGUUGCAACUCGCAUUUCAAACAAUGCAAAUCUCAUCCAGACCGGCAUGUCUGAGAAGGUAGGCACCUGCUGCCAGGGUGUUGCCAUGUUGAUUGCUGCCUUUGUUGUUGCAUUUACUCAGAACUGGAGGUUAACUCUUCCCGUUGCCACAUCUAUACCCACUGCUGUCACCCUGGUUGGCAUCACUGUCGCCUUGGAUGCUAAACUUGAAGCCAAGAUACUCGACAUCUACUCCAAGGCCGGCGGCCUGGUAGAGGAGACGCUGGGAAGUAUCCGUGUCGUCGUUGCUUUUGGGGCUGGAGACCGUCUACGUAAGAAGUAUGAUGACCAUCUCGAAGCUGCCAAGGGUUUCGGUGUCAAGAAGGGUCCCGUUCUCGGAGUACAGUACAGCUCAGAGUUCUUCAUCAUGUACUGUGCCUAUGCCUUGGCAUUUUGGUACGGUAUCAAGCUCUUGCUUCAGGGCAAGAUAGGUAGUGGAGGAGAGAUCCUCACCGUCUUAUUUUCUAUCGUCAUUGGCACCUCAUCUCUCACAAUGAUAGCACCCACCCUAGGAGAGUUCACCAAGGCUGGCGCAGCUGCCAAUGAUGUUCUUAGCAUGAUUGAGAGGACGCCCGAAAUCGACUCACUGGGCACUGAAGGUCAAAAGCCGGAUACCGUGAAUGGUGAUUUGGAAGUAUCAGAUGUGGUUUUCUCCUACCCUGCUCGCCCUACCAUAAAAGUAUUGGAUGGAGUCUCGCUGAAGAUACCGGCUCGGAAAGUGACUGCCCUUGUUGGCGCUAGUGGUAGCGGAAAGAGCACGAUCAUCGGGCUUCUUGAAAGGUGGUAUGACCCCGCCAGCGGUUCUGUCACCUUGGACGGCACCGAGCUCAAGGAUCUGAAUGUCAAGUGGCUCAGAAGUCAGAUAGGGCUCGUUCAACAGGAACCUGUGCUGUUCAACGACACUAUCUACACGAAUGUGCUCUAUGGAUUACCACCGGAGGAAAUUGCUAAGAUGGACGAGGAGAAAAAGAGAGAACUUGUCAGGCAGGCUUGCGUCGAGUCUAACGCAGACGACUUCAUCCAGGAAUUCCCACGUGGCUACGAUACCGUUGUUGGUGAAAGAGGCAGUCUUCUUAGCGGUGGCCAAAGACAGAGAGUUGCCAUUGCGCGCAGUAUCAUCUCUAACCCACCUAUCCUCCUGCUUGACGAGGCUACCUCCGCUCUUGAUCCUACUGCUGAAGCUAUUGUUCAGGCCGCUCUCGACAGAGUCUCUAGAACCAGGACUACAGUUUUAAUUGCCCACAAGUUAUCAACCGUCAAGAAAGCAGAUAAUAUCGUUGUUAUGAACAAGGGACAGGUCAUUGAACAAGGAACCCACGAGUCGCUCCUGGAUGCGAGAGGACAGUACUGGAACCUGGUGAACGCUCAAAGCCUUUCUCUAACAAAUGAUGAUUCUGCCUCUGAAACGGACAAGGAGACUGACGAACCGACCGAAGUCCUGGAGAAACAUGUCACCACCAAAUCGGCUCGUAGCAACAUCCCCAAUGAAGUUGCGGUGGAAUCGGAGGAUGUAUCGCGAAAAUACUCACUGUUCAAAUGUCUCCUGAUAAUCUUCUAUGAGCAACGAAGGCACUGGGUAUUCUUCCUCUUGGGAGGCAUUGCUUCCAUCGUCAGCGGUGGUGCAUUCCCUGCCCAAGCAGUUCUGUUCUCAAGGAUCGUGACCACAUUUCAACUGCCGAGGGAUGAGUUAAAAGGCCAAGGAGAUUUCUGGUCUCUCAUGUUCUUUGUCCUUGCACUGUGCAUCCUUUUCACUUACGCAUCUAUCGGCUUCUUCUUGACGGUUGCUGCCUUCCGUUCCUCCAAGUUCUACCGAAGCGAAUACUUCAAGGCAAUGAUUUCACAGGACAUCGAAUUUUUCGACAAGCCAGAUAAUUCCUCCGGCAGUCUUACAGCACGUCUAUCUACCGACCCACAACACCUUCAGGAUCUCCUCUCGUCCAAUAUCGGAUUGAUCCUAAUCGUCAUCGUCAGUCUUUUCGCUGUUAGCAUCUUGGCUCUUGCUACCGGGUGGAAAUUAGCCCUUGUCUCCCUCUUCGGCUGUCUUCCUCCUCUUUUCUCAGCUGGUUUCAUCCGAAUGAGGAUGGAGAUACAGGCCCAGGAUAAGAACGCUAAACUGUAUCUGGAGAGUGCUCGAUUUGCAUCUGAGGCAGUGAACUCUAUCCGAACAGUUUCGUCCUUGACACUAGAAUCUACGGUGUACAACAAUUACGGCGACAGACUCAAGGGCCCGGUGGCCAGAUCACUCAAGUACACUGCCAUUGCGAUGAUAUUUUUCGGCUUCUCAGAUAGUAUAGACACUGCUGCUAUGGCACUGGCGUUCUGGUAUGGUGGUAGAUUGAUGUCAUAUGGAGAAUAUACGGCUCAGCAGUUCUUUGUGAUUUUUAUUGCCAUUAUCUUUGGAGGACAAGCAGCCGGAUUCAUCUUCGGCUUCACUAUGAAUACGACCAAGGCGCAUGCAGCAGCAAAUCAAAUUUUACAUCUUCGAAACCAGGUUGCUCCCAUCAAUGGUUCAACCGGCGAGCAGCCUGCGUCCGGCGAUGAUACCGAUGUGGCAGUAGAAUUUAGGGAUGUAUCAUUCAGCUACCCUACCCGCCCUGAUCAGCCUGUCCUUCGCAAAAUCAACCUGAAAAUUCGCCGGGGCCAGAACAUUGGUCUUGUUGGACCAUCUGGAUGCGGGAAGACAACCAUGAUUGCCCUUCUUGAACGUUUCUACGACGUCACUUCUGGGGAUAUUUUGAUCAAUGGCAAACCUUUAACCAAUAUCGACGUGACCGAGUAUCGUGAAACAGCCAGUCUCGUGUCUCAGGAGACAACACUUUACCAAGGCACAAUUCGUGAAAACAUCCUGCUCGGCGUGACCCGUGAUGUUCCUGAUGAAGAGAUCCACCAAGCUUGCAAGAACGCAAACAUCCACGACUUCAUCAUCUCUUUACCUGAAGGUUACAAUACCGAAGCUGGCUCCCGCGGCCUUUCGUUCAGUGGAGGGCAAAGACAGCGUCUUGCAACUGCAAGGGCCUUACUUCGAAACCCAGACUUCCUCUUCCUCGACGAAGCAACAAGUGCACUCGAUACAGAGAGCGAACGUGUCGUCCAGGCUGCCCUCGAACAUGCCAAAAGAGGCAGAACCACUAUUGCUGUUGCCCAUAGACUUAGCACCGUCCAAGAUUGUGAUGCGAUUUUCGUGCUUGAAGCCGGCAAAAUCGUCGAACAAGGAACCCAUCAAGACCUAUUAAAGAUGAAAGGCCGAUAUUUUGAAAUGUGCAAGGCACAGAGCCUAGAUCGCGAAGCGUGA